AAUUGAGACGUUGCAGCCAAGAUGGAAGGAAGAAGAAUGAAUGACAGUUGUAGACGAACUGUUUAUCCCCGAUUAGGGACUGAUAGUGGUUGGGAUUUCCCACUCAGGGUCAUUAUAAAUGCUGGCUUCAAACCAGUUCCACACCAGCAAGAUGCGUGCCUUGUUACUAGUCGUUUCGCUCCAUGUAUCUCAUGUCUUCUGUGAUCUGAGAGAAAGGAGAGCGGUGGGAUGCACUGGGCCUUCAUUUCGUUGUUCAAAUGGGGAAUGCAUUUCAUCUACUUCUGUAUGUGAUGGUGCAGUAGAUUGUAGAGAUCGUAGUGAUGAAACGCAAGCUGUUUGUACUGAACUUAAUUUACCAUGCCCUUCAUUCGCAUUCCGAUGUGCUUAUGGAGCUUGUGUCGACAAAUCUACUAUUUGUAAUGGAAUCCAAGACUGUGCUGAUAAUUCUGAUGAACUUUUACCCCAGUGUGUUAAAUCAAAUCCCAUUGCUAAAAAAUGCAAGCAAUAUGAAUUUCAGUGCGACUCUGGGCAGUGUGUCGAUGAAGUUUCGGUUUGUGAUGGAACCAGUGACUGUGUUGAUGAGUCUGAUGAAACAAUUACCCAAUGUAUUAAUAUUAGAUGCCCAGCAUACACCUUCCAGUGUGCUUAUGGUGGAUGUAUCGAUAAAAUAAAGAAAUGUGAUGGUAAAGAAGACUGCAAAGAUGGUUCUGAUGAAGACACCGAGCUUUGUAAGGCAAGUAAGCCGAGGCAGAAUAGUACAACAACUGUAAGGCCUACUCCACCUCGUCGUAAGAAACCAACAGACUUUAGAGGUGGCUGCCCAUUGCCUGAACAACCUGAAAAUGGAAGUUAUGAAGUAACUGGCUGUAACGAAGCUGAUUUCAGCUCCAAGUGCCGUAAAGUUCCCGACACUAUUGUCAGCAGCGAUUCAUCCUUGAAAUAUUCAUGCAAUCCUGGUUACGUUUUACCAGAAAACACCUACCGCAUAUUUUGCAGUGAGGGUACUUGGGAACCUACGCCUCCUCGUUGUCUAAAGUUGUGUAAGGGAUUACAUUCAGAUUCAUUGGAUUUAGAAUGUUAUUACCGAGGCAGUAAAAUUGACUGUGGUCAACCCAUGAGACCAGGAACUGAACUCAAAGCUACCUGUAAACAAACGUACCACAUCGGUGAUCCCUCAACUUCUUUCACGAUAACGCAAUGUUUGGCCGAUGGUACUUGGGCCAACGAACUGUACAAGUGUGUUCCAGAUUGCGGCAUCAGGAAUCCGAUAAAUAAAAUAACGCCUGCUAUCAAAGGAGGUAUGAAGACUAAACAGUCGGAAUACCCAUGGCACGCUGGAUUGUAUCAAGAUGAUGGAGAUGAUGUUUCUUACAUCUGUGGUGGAACGAUCGUCCAUCCCAAAGCUGUACUCACUGCUGCCCAUUGUGUAUACAACGAAACAAGGAAUAGCAUGAUAGAUGCAAGACUGCUGAAAGUUGCCGUCGGAAAGUACAGAAGCAAUUGGAACAUCAAAGAGGGUACUGAACAAAAAUUUUCGGUAAAAGAGAUAAUUAUUCGAGAUAAAUACGUCGGGAAGAGUAACAGAUUUGAGCAGGACAUUGCCAUACUUGACCUCAAGUCAAUAAUCUUGCUCAGCACCGCUGUCAUGCCAGUUUGUUUUGACAGAGGUGAAAGUUUAAGUUUAUACCAAGGAUUGAAAGCAGUUGGUACUGUUGUAGGUUGGGGUAUUACUGAUAAUGGUGAUAUAAGUGAUGCAUUGUUAGUCGCUACAUUUCCUAUUCUGGAUUUUCAUGACUGCCGUGUAAAAGCUGAUAACUCUUUUUCCUUCUAUAUCACUUACGAUAAAUUUUGUGCAGGAUUAUCAAAUGGUACCAGCGUUCAACAAGGAGACAGUGGUGGUGGGCUAACAUUUCCCAGAUUUAGCAAUGGAGUCGAACAGCAUUUUAUUUAUGGAAUUGUUAGUUUAAAGCCAAAAAAUUCUGAUGAUAUAGCUGCAUUUACGAACAUUACUGAACAUAUGGAAUGGAUCGAUAGAGUUCUAAAUGCAAUCAAAAGUUCUAAAACUUUAAAUUAAUAUUUAUUCCCCUUUAGUAUGGUAAUGAAAACUUAA